AUGAUUGUCACUCAAUAUUUCAAUGCGCCGCGUACCCACUGGUUUCCAGGUAUACGUGUGCUACUAUUCGUUAACAUAUCAGACUAUAUAUCGACGACAGAGUCGGCUGGUAUACGACUUGCUAUUCAUGCCCCUACUGAGUAUCCAUUUCCGGACACUUUUGGGUAUUCAGCCCCUGUUGGCUUUGUCAGCAGUUUUGGAAUGAAGAGGAAGGAGAUUCAACGCCUAUUCAAGCCCGAUGGUGACUGCAUCCCUAUGGAUACGUACAACAGUACGGAUUAUAUCUACAAGGGUUACGACUACCAUCUGGAGGGUUGCCAUCGAAGUUGUUUUCAAGCAAGUCUUAUCCGAAGUUGCUCGUGUGGAGAUCCACGCUUUCCAGUAACGGAAUCGAGCAGGCAUUGUUCGGCUUUCAAUGCAACAGCUCGUGAAUGUUUACGAGAAUUCAUUGGUGAUUUCGGCGAUUUUCAUUUUGUCGCUGAAGAACUGGACUGCGAUUGUAAACAACGAUGUAAGGAAGUCGCAUACGAUGUCACAUUUUCAGCGAGUCGAUUGUCGUCCGGUGCAGUUGGUCUAUUUCAAUGCGAUGAUAUGAACGACACGGAGUGCCAGAAUUACUACGACGCUAACGCAGCACUGGUUGAGGUAUUUUUCGAGCAGCUUAGCUACGAUUUGAUUCAAGAAUCAGAAGCAUAUGGGUUUGUGAAUCUUCUUGCUGAUUUCGGUGGACAUCUUGGCCUGUGGCUGGGUUUCUCUGUGAUAACGCUGAUUGAGGUGGUAGUAUUGCUUCUGGAACUGAUACCCAUUCUGUUGCGUCGAAGAAAUGAAGCGUCAGCGAGGAACGACUGA